CUCCAGUAAUAACUAAUCAGUCAAUAAUCACACUUAAACCAAAAUUUCAUUUACCAUGAAUAAAAAUUUACAAUUCGUGCUAUGUGCAAGUGGCAUCUUCGUGUUCUUUUUCUACCAAGGAAUUUUGAUGGAGAAAAUAACUCGAGGACAUUAUGGCGACGAAGUGAAUGAAAAUGGUGAAGCCGGUGAAACUUUUAAAUUUGCCCUGACUUUAGUUUUUAUCCAGUGCGUUGUUAAUUACAUAUUUGCCAAGUUUAUUCUAUUUGUGACCCCUCGGGAUGAAGAUAGGACCCCUGACACUUUGUAUGCGGGUGCUUCUUUGACUUAUUUAGGGGCCAUGGUGACUUCCACGAUGGCCCUUCAGUGGGUCUCGUAUCCUACACAGGUUAUCGGAAAGGCGGCCAAGCCGAUUCCUGUGAUGCUCUUAGGAGUUCUCAUAGGGCGCAAGAAAUAUAAAAAGUUUAAAUAUUUUUGUGUGGUUUUGAUCGUGGCAGAUGCUUUGUUUAUGUACAAGGAUAAUGAAUCAAGCAAUAGUAGUUCCACUAACAAAUUUGGCAUAGGCGAGAUACUACUUUUGUUCUCGUUACUGAUGGACGGCAUACUAGGAGCUCUGCAGGAUUUGAUAAGAGACUACAAACCACCAAAUGUACUCAAAACAAGCACUGAAGAACACACACCACCCUCAGGCCUAAAUAUGAUGUUAGCAAUAAACGGCUGGUCCGCAAAUUACUUGGCCUUAAUUCUACUUUUUAUUAGCGAAGGCAAAGACUUCAUUAGAUUUUCUGUUUGUUAUCCGUACGUUUUACAACAACUGGCUAUAUUGGCUGUAACUGGAGCUGUUGGACAACUAUUUAUUUAUAUUAUUAUAUCCAAGUUUGGUCCUUUAUCAUGUUCAAUUGUAACAACGACCAGGAAGUUUUUUACGGUUUUGUUCUCUGUGAUAUUUUUUGCAAAUCCUAUUAACACAAGGCAGUGGGUCGGAGCUGCUGUAGUCUUUACAGGUUUGUUUCUGGAUAUCAUUUAUGGAAAAGUGAGUUUUAAUAAAUGUCGCAGCGGUUAUAAACAGUUGAGUGAUGAUUGAUAGAUUUUAAACUAAAUUUAUAAACAACAG